AUGACUGAAAGAUGGCAGAAUCCAGGCGGCUGGGGAGCAAGACACAUAAACGACCCCGCUCCUUUCACUUUAUGGGAUGACGUUAACCGCAGAUAUCGCGGACCGACGAAAGAAGAAUACCAGUGGAUUGACAACAAGUUCAGACAAAGAAGGAUCUUCAUAUCUGGCUGGUGUAUAGGCAUCGAGAUCGACAACCCACCAAACCCGCUUCCUCUCACACUAGGAUGUAUGCCGGUCAUGUUUGUUGAAAACAUUGACCAUAUUCCCAUGUCCCUCCCAAACGCACUUUAUUCCAACCCACAAGCACCAGACCCCUGUCCUCAUCACCACUGGCCGGAAAUGGAGUUCCCAACAGAUGCAGACAAUAUCGCCUUCCUCAAAGCGUUGGAGCUGCUGGCGAAUGUACGUGCGGUUGUGUAUCUGCCUUGGUGGACUGUGGUCGAGCUUGAAUACGGAGACAACCGUGUUUAUGAUUGUAGAUCACUUCCUGGGACUGUUGCUGGGCGCACAGCUUAUUACCACCAUGAAGAAGCGCCUUUCUACGAGUCGAUGAAGACUCGGACCCGACACCGACAAUUUGAGCCGGCUCAACAAGAAGAACCACCGUGGAAGUUAUUGGAAGGGAAAUAUAUCAAGGCAGGAUCGUGGGCUGAGGUUGAUAGUAUGAGUUCAGGCCUAGUGAGCUUACUCUCGUAUGGGAAGGUGUUUCAAAAACCCACGCAGGGGAACGCAAAAAUUCCUUUUGAACGGUGGCAGUCGUAUAAUCUCCAGGUGUGUUGGGGAGUUGUGAACGAAGCUAUUUCCGACAGUAUCAGCGGGGCACAGAUCAUUAGCUGCAAAAACGGCGCAGUGACUGGUUUUUUCGAUCUCUUUGAUGGCAUACAUUGUCUUAGUGCUCAUCUUGAUGAUCUAGUAGCUGAGGGAUAG